AUGUCCAAGGCUACUCGAGCGGCAACUUCCACCGCCAGGAGAGUGACGAGAAGCUCUACUGGGACAAGUGAAGAAUUGAAGAAGCCCCCAGUUGUGAAGAAGCAAACCGCCAAUGCUGGCAUUUCAAUAGUCAAGCAAGAGCAGGAGUCUCCUUCUUCACGAAAACGCGGUGCUGCAACUUCCGGCGCUGACGUAAAACGAAAAAAGAAAGUCAAGGCUGAAGAAGGUUCUGUGCUGGCGGGCAGCCCAUUGCCAUCGUCCACGUCUUUAUCACCACCGCCUUCUCCACCAACAACAGACACAUCUCCGUCGAAGCCCAAACCGAGGUCGAAGAACGGCACGACACCGGGCGACCUCCAAUCCAGGAAAUUAAAGUCAUACGCGCAAUUUGCUCGCAAAUCGCCCUUCCCGGACUUCCCCCAUCCAACGCCAGAAGAAUGCAAGCUGGCACACCGAAUCCUCGCAUCUCUCCACGGCCCAAGGACUCGCCCAAAGGAAAUUGUCGCAUCCACCACAAGAGCAGGCUGCGGCGACUCCCCGUCGGUCCUCGAUGCACUGGUCCGCACGAUCCUAUCGCAAAACACCAGCGAUGCGAACUCGACGCGGGCGAAGAAAUCCAUGGACAAAGUCUACGGGGCGAGCGACAAGUGGGACGCGAUCGUUGCGGGCGGUCAGGCGAAGCUUCAGGAAGCCAUUAAAUGUGGGGGGCUCAGCGCCGUGAAAUCCAAAGUCAUCAUUAGCAUCUUGAACCAGUCGUACGAGAAAUACGGCGAGUACUCGCUCGACCACCUGCACCAGGCAUCGAGCGAAGACGCCAUGCGCGAGAUGAUUUCUUUCCAGGGCGUGGGCCCCAAGACCGCGAGCUGUGUUUUGCUCUUCUGUCUGCAGCGCGAGAGCUUUGCCGUCGAUACGCAUGUGUGGCGGAUCACGGGCCUGUUGGGGUGGCGGCCCAAGUCGGCGUCCAGGGACGAGACCUAUGCGCACCUGGACGUCAUGGUGCCGGACGAGGAUAAAUACGGCCUGCAUAUCCUGCUGGUGACCCAUGGCAAGCGCUGUGAGGAGUGUAAGGCUGGAGGAAAGAAUCUCGGUGCCUGUGAGCUGAGGAAGGCGUUUCGCGAGCGCAAGAUCAAGGGCGAGGCUGGCCAAGAGGUCAAGCACGAGGAAGUGCAAGCGGUCAAAAAGGAGGAGUCUGAGGAAGAGCAAUGA